GUGGGAGGGACACAAGCAAAGCGGAAAAAGCUGAUCCAGGUGCGGUUGGGACAGGUAAAGCAAGUACGGGAUUUCGUGAGGGUGUGCCUAUUGUUUUUGCUUGGUUUUAUAAAUCGGACUAAACCCACGGCAGUUUCAGAGCACGAUGAAGAUCGAGGGAGAGACAUCUGAUAAACCUGAUAACACCGCAUUUACUCAGCAGCGACUCCCGGCAUGGCAGCCUGUGCUCUCCGCUGGCAUUGUCAUUCCUGGUUUUCUCAUCAUCGGUUUGGCCUUCAUUGGCAUUGGAAUUGCCCUCUUUCUGACCUCACAGACCAUCCAAGUGGUAGAGAUGGAUUACACGGGGAGUACGAAAGACUCACCUUGUUUCCCCUGUACAGGUCUAAAUACAAAAAACUGCAUCUGUGAACUAACGUUUAACAUUGACAAGCUGUUUACGGGCCCUGUUUUUUUCUACUACGGCCUGACUAACUACUAUCAGAGCUUUAGAAAAUAUGGUGUCUCAAAAGACGAUUAUCAGCUCAGUGGUGACACAUCAUACUUCACGAGUCCACAAGAAAAAUGCUCUCCAUAUGACUAUGACUCCAAUAAAAACCCCAUCGUCCCAUGUGGAGCUUUAGCAAAUAGCAUGUUCAACGAUACGUUUGAGCUCUUUCAAAUAGUCAAUGGUACAAAGAAGCAAGUCCCGCUUGACGGUAAAGGUAUCGCCUGGUGGACAGACUACAACAUAAAGUACAGGAACCCUUCGCCCGUGAACGGCUCCUUUGCAAAGGCUUUUGAUGGUACAGUAAAGCCAAUCAACUGGCCUAAGGCGGCAUAUGAGCUGGACACCGCAGACCCAAACAACAAUGGUUUCGUGAACCAGGACUUUCUUGUGUGGAUGAGGAGGGCAGCACUACCUCAGUUUAGGAAGCUGUAUCGGCGAAUCACAGAUGGGGAUUAUGCCGGAGGACUUCCUGCUGGGAAUUAUUCUCUGACAAUUCAUUACAAUUACCCAGUAGUGAGUUUUAAUGGACAAAAGAAAGUGGUCUUCAGCAACGUGUCAUGGAUGGGAGGAAAAAACGACUUCUUGGGCAUCGCGUAUUUAGUGGUUGGAUCCUUAUGUGUGGUCAUGUCUGUAGUUAUGCUCAUUGUUUACGCCAAAUUUAAAUUUACAGAUGAUGAUGCGUGAUGAUCUUUUCUGUGCAUACUGUAUAUAUGCCAAAUCAAACUAGAUAGGGAAAAACAAAGUGCAGGGUUUAAAUAUAAAAGUUGUUCAAGAUUUAUAUGUUUGUAAAAAAGAAACCAUGUGCAAGGACUUUUUGAAAUCCUAUUUUAAUAACGUUGAAAGAAAUCUUUAGGUCAUAUCAUUUGUACAAUCUGAAUUGGUUACUUUAGAGUUCAGGGAUGUUCAGAGACUUUUACAAAUGUUACUACAUACAUUUUUUCAAUGUCUCAGGUUGUGUACAAGCUAAACUAUCAGUUUACUUAAAUUUGUUGUUUUAACAAAUGUGACAUUUGGGUUUGUUCUCGUCACUUGUGCACUUUGCAAAGCUGUUUCAUUUAGUUUCGGUGGCUAUAAAACUAAAGAAGCAUAUUGUAGUUUUAAAAUUUGUUGACUUAAAAACGCAAAUAGGUUGACUUAAAUUUAACAAGGUUUGAUCUCAGGUGCCAUGUUUAUCGGUCAAUUACGUAGCUUGGUAUUUAAGUUAAUAUAUUGAAAGUUAAAUUGAUCGUGAAGAAUAUCUGUAAUAAGUUUAAUGCUGUUUUUUAAUAUUAAAAAAAGUUUACACGA